AUCCAGAGGACGCACAGUUCUGUGUAGUUGCAGAGGCCUUGAUUAAAAAACAUCCAUGUUUAAAAGAGCCUGGUUCAUUCAAUGGUUGCUACGGUUGGAAACAAAGGCUGAAGUACAAAAUGGGAAACUACAGGACUCUACUCAAGUUUCAGGGAUGUCCAGAAUUGUCUGUUAACGCACUUAAAUCCAAAGCCAGUACUUCAGUGUUUCCCGCUGCAAAAAUAAAGAAGCCAAGACGAGCUGAAGCCAACUUCUAUCCUUCCUUUCCAGUGGGAGAAACACAAGAAAGUAUGGAAAAAGAGAGAAUUGAACUCUUGACAGCAAUCAAAAGGAGGAACAAUGACAAGGUCAUUGCGGAGAAAAUGGCUCAUACCUUUGCCUACAGGCGUCAGGAGGUGGUGAAUGAAGAACCUGGCAUAGAGGAUUUCAAGGACAGAUGGCCUGCCCUGUUCCAACAGAAAGAGAUUAAUGCGGAGUUCCUGAGACUCAUGGCUCUUCCCCUUGAGCAGACUUUCUUUGCCCAGUUGGACAGGCUCUCAAGUCAGCUGAUUAAAGUCAUCAAAGCCAAGGGAGGAGCAACACGUGCAAAAAUAGCUGGAAUCAUGAGAAUCUAUGAUGAGGUGGAGGACAUUGGGAUUCGAAGGGAAUGUGUUCUGAAAGGGCUCAUCACCUUUCUUGGAGAGGAUCCAGAAGACCUUAUUAAGGAAUACAGUGGCAGCUGUGGAGAUGAUGCCCAGAUGGAUCUCAAACAACUCACCCUGGCAAUGUUUGUGAUUCGGAAGAAGGGAGAGGGAUUGGAAGAAUCCCCAGAAGACAUUGUCAUUGAGGGAGUGGAGGUGUUUGCAUGACCUGACUUCAGUUGCCUCAGCAUGUGCCCUGCUUCUGGGUUUGAUAUAUGCCCUUAACCUGGCUUAUCCGAAGCCUCUGCGCUUCACAUUUGAAGUGUUUCAAAAAGUCUUCAUGCAACUUGACCAACACAAAAUGUCUCCUAAAGUUCAGAAUUUGUUUGGAAGACUUCAGACCUCUCAGUAAAGACAAUUGUAUGUUGUGCAAAAUGACAGAUUAUUUUCUGUCUUUGUUUGAA